AAUCGAAGAAGAAGAAGAAGAAGCAGGAAGGAAGUCUUUAAAUGUUUUCGAUCGGCGGGCGGAGGAGUCGAGGAACCUCGGUAGAGGAGAUUUCCUGCGUCGCUGGUUCCUGAACCAAACUGCAGUAAUACGUCCCGGUCCGGUCAAGCUGUUCAAGAUCUGGAGUUUCCAGAAAGGAACACGGUGCAGCGUGAAAGCUGUUGACAACAAAACGUUUGUAGAAGAAAAGGUCUGAGAAGUAAAAUGGCGUCGAAGAGACUGAAGCUUGACGUCGAGAACAUUUCUUGUCCAAUCUGCUUGGAUCUACUGAAGGAUCCGGUGACUAUUCCCUGUGGACACAGCUACUGUAUGAGCUGCAUCAACACCAACUGGGAUGGAGAGGAACAUAGAAAAGUCUGCAGCUGCCCUCAGUGCAGGAAAACCUUCAAAGUCAGGCCCAUCCUGGAGAAGAACAUCAUGUUGGCUGAGUUAGUGGAGGAACUGAAGAAGUCUGAACUCCAAGCUGCUCCAGCUGAUCAUUACUAUGCUGGACCUGAAGAUGUGGCCUGUGAUGUCUGCACUGGGAGGAAGAUGAAAGCUGUCAAGUCCUGUCUGGUCUGUUUGGCAUCUUAUUGCGAAGAAGAUCUCAAACCUCAUUAUAUUGCUCCCCCUUUAAAGAAACAUAAGCUGGUGGACCCCUGUAAGAAGCUCCAGGAUAACAUCUCUUCUCAUCAUGAUGAGGUGAUGAAAAUGUUGAUGGGUGGUCAAGAGACUGUUUCACCAGAAGCAGAAAGGACUGAGAAGCAGAAGGAGCUCCAGGUGAGUCGACAACAAAUCCAGCAGAGAAUCCAGGACCAAGAGAAAGAUCUGAAGCUGCUUCAACAGGAGGUGGAGGCCAUCAUUGUCUCUGCUGGUAAAGCAGUGGAGGACAGUGAGAAGAUCUUCAUUGAGCUGAUCCAUCUCAUCCAGAAAAGAAGAUCUGAUGUGAAGUGGCAGAUCAUAUCCCAGCAGGAAACUGAACUGAGUCGAGUCAAAGAUCUUCAGGAGAAGCUGGAGCAGGAGAUCACUGAGCUGCAGAGGAAAGAUGCUGAGCUGGAGCAGCUCUCAAAGACAGAGGAUCACAACCAGUUUCUCCACAACUACCCCUCACUGUCAGCACUCAGUGAGUCUACACACUCAUCCAGCAUCAAUAUUCGUCCUCUGAGAUACUUUGAGGAUGUGACAGCAGCUGUGUCAGAGCUCAGAGAUAAACUACAGGACAUCCUGAGAGAAGACUGUAGAAACAUUUCUGCUCUUGUCUCUGAUGUGGACGUUUUAGUGUUGCGUCCAGAACCGGAGACCCGGAGUGACUUCUUGAUGUACGCCAGAGAAAUGACGUUUGAUCCAAACACAGCAAACAGAGAGUUGGAGCUUUCUAACCUAAACAAGAAAGUGACAUUUCUUAAACGAGUACGGCCUUACAUUUACCAUGUAGAGAAGUUUACUUUUUACUGUCAGAUCCUGACUAAAGAGUCUCUGAUUGGACGGUCCUACUUUGAGUUCGAGUGGGAUGGGAGUAUCACCCUGGCGUUGGCAUAUAAGGGCAUCAGAAGAUCAGGGAACUCCAUGGAAAGCCUGUUUGGUUUUAAUGACAACUCCUGGGCUCUAACUCUGAACAGAGAAUCUUCCCACUUUUACCACAAUGACGAAGAUUUUCCCAUCACAGCUCCGGUUUCGUCCAGGUUAGGGGUGUACCUGGAUCACAGACCAGGCGUUCUAUGUUUCUACAACAUCUCUGACACCAUGACUCUCCUCUACAGAGCCCACAUCAGAGUUAGCCAGCCUCUUCACGUUGGCUCCAGGUUCUACGGGUCCAGAGGAGACACCGCUGAGUUCAUCACACUGAAAUGAACUGUUUCUUUUCUCAGACGGAGCUUUUUCCAAGUGAACUGAAAGUUCUCUCGUUCUAGAAUAUUUCUCUUUUUAUAGUUAGUGUUUAAAACUGUACAAUAAUAAAAAGUCCCGUAAAAAACGUA